UUCUGGUUUGAAAUUAUGAAGACCACAUGGAAGACCAAAAAAAGUAGAUUGGUGAGCUCUAAAGCCAAGCAUCAAGCAUCUGUUGUGAAAAAGAAACAACAGAAACCAGAUUUAAAGAACAUCCCUGGGACAGAGUAUCUCAGCAAUAAACAGAAGAAACAUGUCAAAGUUCAUACAAAAAGUGCCAGGAUAAAAGUUAGUGGGAAGAGGAAGAGAAAAGUACUGAAGCGACUGAAACAUGGAAAGAAAAGAGAGACUGAAGAAAGAGAAGAUGUUGACAUGGGGGAUGAGUCUGGCAAAAAACAGAGGAGAAAAUCUAAAACCAAGUCUGAGGGUAUGGACGUUGAUGAAGACUGACAGUAGAGAGAGAGAGAUAUCAACAUAUAGUUAUCAUCCAAUCAUCUCAUUUCAGUGAUUGAAAUAUGACUACAUGUAUAUCUGAAAUUGGCAAUGAAAUAAACAUUUUUAUAUAUUUCAAAAUUUGUACAUAACAUAUGAAUACAUGUUUCAUUUAUGAUUGAAAUCCAGGAUGGAUUUUAGUGAUACACAGAGAAUGAUCGAGCAGGGACUUAUCUGGGAUUUUAUAUACAUGCACAUGUAAAUGAUGUAUUUAUUAUGUAUAUACAUGUAUCAGUAUAAUUAUAUUUACAGAAAAUAUGCAAAUUAAGCAUUUAGUAGAGAACAUACUCACGUACAUGAUGGAGAAGGUUUGAAAAAGCAACUCUUUACUGUGAACAUGCAACAGAAUAUAUAUGUGAACUUGUUUUAAAAAAAUUAAAAUACUUGGCAUGAGCUCUCUUACUUGUUCAAUUUGUUGCAUUAUUGACACAAAAGAUGAAUUUUUUACAUAGAAAUAAAUUGGAAAUAUCUUUGCAUUACAGGGCUUCAAAUUGAUCUGAAUUAAUUUAGUACAUGUAUGCUCAUGUAAGCAUGAUCAAGAAUGUUCAAUGUAAUUGUUUUCCAAGGGCAGAGGGAGGGCAAAAUGAGGAUGGGCACAUUUGACGUGCAUGUACGAAUCAAGUUCAAGGUCAAUGGCAAAAAAAGUGGGAUUUUUUUGUUUAUAACUGUCAAAUGGCUAGAAGUUGAUACUUGACAUAAAGAUUUCAAUGUGUAUCUCAUGCAAGAUCAUGUUCAAGGUCACUGGCAGAAAAUGUGUUAAAUAUGUGUCUGGUGUAUAACGUGUAUAACUUUCUAAAGGAUAAACAUUCAAAAUUCAUACUUCACACUAAUAUUACUUGUAAAUCACACGAAGUCAAAGAAAAUUUUUUGUGAGCUAAAAGUAUCUCAAAAGCUUGAUCCAAGGUCAUUGUGGCAAGUUCAAGGUCACUGGCAGAAAAAGUGUAUAAAAAAAUUUCAGGUCCAUAAUUUUCUAAUGGAGAAACAUUGGAUGUCCAUAUUUCACUCAAAGAUAACAUGUGACAAGAGGAUUUGUCAAUUUUUAACCAAGGUCAUUUUGGCAAGCUUAAGGUCACAAUUACAAAAUUGUGAAUGGACAUUAAAAAUGUAGCAGGAGGUAUUAUUUAGUGAAUUCCCUCACAAUGCCACUUUACUCAUUAUUAUUAUUUAUUUAUUUUAAGCAAAAGUUAUGGGAUUUUUUUUAAUGUCAACAAAUGCUGAUAUAAUGUGAAUCUUACCUUCUUGUACUCUGAUACAUGUAUUAUGUGAUACUCCAUAAGCUUAAAAUAAAUAUUUUUCAAGCUUUUAUAAACUUA